UCUGGCCAGUGCGAAGAGACAUAUGUUCUCUUAAUCCGACAUCGUAUGAACGACAUAAUAAAACUUGAAUUGCAGGGAAUAAAUUUUAAAAGGAUGCAUCUUUCUUCUAUUCUUAUCAUCCUUCCAAUACUAUUUUCUUACAUCCUGGCUCAACAAAUACCGAAUUGCCAAACAAGAAUAUUCCAAUGCGAUGCUGACUGGCAGACUCGUACUGAUCCAAAUACAGGAGACGUUUAUGGCUAUAAGGCUUUUAUUCAGAAUAAAAUGAAUUUUUAUGAGGCCGACGUAUUCUGUAGAGCUCGAUGCGCAGAGGUAGUCAGCAUCCACAGCCAAGAGGAACAAGAUUUCGUUAGACGUAUUACCGCACCAGUGCUUAACCGUUGUCAAUUCACUUCGGCUUGCACACCGGUUGUACAAUCAACUGACCCAUCGUUCAAUCGUCAGCUUCGUUCAUUUUGGAUCGGAUUGAAUCGUGUCACAGGGACUCUUAAAGAUGCCCAUUCAGUUGAUAACAGUGUCUAUCAAUUGUGGUCCGACCGUACCGAAGUUGGCUUUGGAUCUUUCCCUAAUAAUUCGGUGAAUUCAAAUACCAAUAGCCCUCCUUGGACUCGUGGAAAUCCAUCUGGAGUGAAAUCAGAUGACCGACAAGUCAUUGAGGAUUGUACUCAGAUGGUCGAGAGCCGACAAGGUGGAUGGAACGACUUUCCAUGCAACUGGCGCAUCAGUGGAGUUAUUUGCAAACGUAAAUGCACUUCCUACUGUGCUGCUCAAGAUGUUUGA